UGGAUCUAUGUACGUAUUAUAUUCGCAUUCAAACCAAACCCAGCUUAAAAGCUACUUCUUCUCUUUUUUUCUACUUUUUCGCUUUAGUCACUUUCGACUUAUCUAUCUGUCUGCUGAAAAGAGAUUUUGUAACGCCAGAAUCCGUUCAGUUUUUGUGAGAGUAUGGUGUAUGACGUAUAUUUUCUAGUUAGUGUAUUUUCGAAAUUCAAUUUCGGUUCAAAUGGACUUUAAUACUCCAGCAGCAAAUAGGAGACGCACUUGUUGGAAAGCGCUAACUAAAAAUGAGAAAAAACUCUCAAUGUUCCUUGCAGGAACAAUUACGUUGAUUGUUAUCCUUAUUUGUCUUUUGUUUGUCCAAAAAUCUAAUGCGAGCUAUUCGGAAGAUUCUAAUUUAGAUAAUAACGUACAAGAAUGUGGACAGAAACACCAGAGAGUGUGUUUAUCAGCGUCAUGUAUAAAGGCAUCGGCACAAAUAUUAUCUCAAAUGGAUUUCGCAGUUUCGCCCUGCGACGACUUUUAUAGGUUUGUUUGCGGCAAUUAUAUGAAAACCACGACAAUUCCUGAUGACAAAACGUCCGUUAACACAUUCACAGUCAUAGUGGACGAAUUGGAAGAACAAUUAAAAUUAGCUCUCGGAGAUACUGACAACGAAGAGAUAUCAUCGAUUCAAAAAGUGAAAAGAUACUAUCAAUCGUGCAUUAACAAACAGGAGAUUGAAGAGAGGGGAAUUAACGAAGUCAGGGAUAUAAUAACGGAACUUGGGGGUUGGCCUGUGGUCGAAGGAAGAAACUGGAACGAAGACAAAUUUAAUUGGUUACAGUCGGUUUUUUUGAACAGGAAAUUGGGCUUAGACACCGGCUUCUUCAUAGAUUUCUCGGUAGGGUUUGACUUCAAAAAUUCUUCUCGACGAUUAAUUCAGUUGGAUCAGCCAAAUUUUGGCCUAAGUCGUGAAUUCCUGCUGAGUAAAAACACCGACUUGACGGAAGCUUAUUACAAUUACAUGGUCGAUAUAGCUAUCAUUUUUGGUGCAACACCAGAAAUUGCAGCGGAAGAACUGUCAUUGUCUUUAAAAUUUGAGAAAGAAUUGGCAAACUACUCGUUGGCCCAAGAGGACAGAAGGGACACUUUUAAACUUUACAAUCUUCUCACAAUAGCUGAACUAAAUAGGGAAUUUCCUAGCAUAGAUUGGUUGCAUUAUAUAAAGAAAUUAUUACCUAGCAAUGUUCAGGUAACUGAAGAUGAAACAGUUAUUUUGGGUGUUCCAAAAUAUAUUAGGAAAUUGGAAAAAUUAAUAAGGCGGACCCCUAAGAGAGUGUUAGCGAACUAUGCCAUUUGGAGGGUCGUCAAAUCUUUAAUUCCAUAUUUGUCAGACAUUAUUAGUCAGAGGGAGUUGAAGUAUUUAAAAGCGAUCAGUGGGCAGGCUGAAAGACCUCCGAGGUGGAAAGAAUGCGUUGAGGAUGUUUCUUCUAGUCUUCCAAUUCUGGUAGGAUCGUUGUAUGUGAGGAAAUAUGUUCAUCGUGACACUAAAACAAAAGUUCUCGAAAUGGUUACGUUUUUGAAACAGGAAUUUAUUAACAUUUUAAAAACGAUCGAUUGGAUGGAUGACGAAUCCAGGAAUGCAGCUUUAGAGAAAGCUCUUACUAUCACUGAACAUAUCGCUUAUCCAGAUGAGUUACUUGAUGAUAAGAAAUUGGAAGAACUAUUCAGUGGGCUUGAGAUUUAUGAAGACCAAUUUCUAAAAUCAUCUUUGAAUAUUGCACUGUUUAUGACAGAUUUCUACUAUUCAAGGCUGCAUCAACCGGUCAAUAAAACAGAUUGGAUUGACCACGGAAAUCCAGCACAAGUUAACGCUUUUUACCAUCCAAUAGAGAAUAGUAUUGUUUUUCCUGCUGGUAUUUUACAAGGGCAGUUAUUUGGUAAAGAUAGACCACGUUAUUUGAAUUUUGGGGCCAUAGGUUCGAUAAUAGGACACGAAAUAACCCAUGGAUUCGACGAUACAGGGAGACAGUUUAAUAAAGAUGGAAAUUUGGCCAAUUGGUGGGCUCAAGACACUCAAAAAUCCUUCCUGGAGAAAGCUCGUUGCAUUAUUAAUCAAUAUGGGAAUUACACUGUUAAAGAAAUUAACGAGAAGUUAAAUGGAAAAAAUACACAGGGUGAAAACAUAGCAGAUAACGGUGGGGUAAAAGAGGCCUACUUUGCCUAUAAGACUUACGUCAAAGCUCACGGGGAUGAACCGUUUUUACCAGGACUUGAGUUCACGCCUGAACAAUUAUUUUGGGUUUCCGCCGCAAGCAAUUGGUGUUCUGUUCAAAGACCGGAAAAAUUGAGACUAAUGGUCACUACAGAUACCCAUUCCCCGGGAGAAUUCAGAGUUUUAGGACCUUUCAGUAACCUCGAAUAUUUUUCUAAAGAUUUCAACUGCCCAUUGGGAUCGAAAAUGAACCCAAAAGACAAGUGCACUGUCUGGUAGAUCUCUAAACUUUACAUCCUAUAUACCUAGCGUUUUCUGUUGCCAUUUUUUGUCUUUUUUUAAUGUUUUUGUGUAAAAGAUUAUUGUUGUUAAUAUCAUGUAUAAAU